AUGGGGCGAUGUUCGGCUCUGCCUUUUGGUAUUACUCUGUUCUCGUCGUCCGUAAAACACUUUGGCUAUAUUGCUGGCCGUCGUCGACUUGCCCUUAACCCAUAUAAUUCGUUGCCGAAACCACCAGUACCAAAACUUGAGCAUACUCUGUCAAGAUAUUUGGAGUACGCCGACGUUGUUGCCGGUAAUAAUCGAGGUGCAUUUGAAAAAACAAAAAUUGCAGCCAAAAAAUUUUUGGCAGAUCAGCAGCAUUUACAAGAAAAAUUGGAAAAAAUUGCAAAACACGAUGAAAACUGGGUAAGUUUUUAAAA